ACUCGUCACAUCCGCCAUGCGCACAGCCGGGUAGCCCACUUUAGCGAGGAGGGGUAUCCGAUGACAACCUCAGCGUUGUUUCCGGGGGAGACUGAGGAGAGCCGCCAUAGGCGUCGAGACACGACACCGAGCAACGAUGGUCGCCAGGGGGCUCUGGGUAUGUAUGCCCCGGUUUGGGAAACGAGGGAGCCGCUCUGGUUUUUUGUCGGUCUUUUGUGCCGCGACCAUGAGCGCCGCUUUCUUCGCUUUUAUCAUCAUAGACGUCCUUGAGUCUUGGAUCACGUCCAUGGGUAUGAACACAAUGCUGGAGCCGCAUGCCGGCAUCUCACCCCUGCAGAGCGCCCCUCCCACGAGAGCAGAGGAGUUCCUGCUCAUGCCCAGUCCUCUGGUGUGCCAGCGCGCCAAGCCUUACCUCAUCACCAUGGUAACCUCCGCCCCUGCUAACCAGAGGGCGCGCCAAGCCAUUAGGGACACAUGGGGUGGGGAGACCAAUGUGAGGGGCCUGAGAGUCAUGACCCUCUUCACGCUGGGUGUAACAUCUGACCCGGGACUGGCCAAGCUGCUAAUAGAGGAGGCCAGGGAGCGAGGAGACCUGGUUCAGGGGCGUUUCCUGGACACCUACUCCAAUCUGACCCUGAAGACCGUAUCCAUGCUGAGCUGGGUCCGCCGCUUUUGCGCCCAAGCUCAUUUUCUGGCCAAAGUGGACGACGACGUCCUGUUCAAUCCCAGCGCGCUGCUGCGCCUCCUGAACAAAAGCCACAGCCCCUACGAACAAGUGGACUUGUACCUUGGUAGGGUGCACCUCCACGUGGCUCCGGACCACAACCCGGACAGCAAGCAUUACCUCCCUAAAGGGGCAUACCCACACUCGGUUUUUCCAGACUAUUGCAGCGGGACAGCCUAUGUCCUCUCCCGCUCUGCAUUGCUCAAAAUAUCAUUGGCUGCCACCGCGUCACCUCUAUCGACACCUCUUCCCCCUGAAGAUGCGUUUGUGGGUCUGUGUGCCCGUGCAGCCGGGAUACUGCCCACGCACUGCCCACUGUUCUCUGGUGGUCCCAGUGUGCCCUAUGGACGUUGCUGUUAUCAGGCUAUGGUGUCUGUGCACCACGUCCCACCCAGAGAUAUGCUGCACUUCUGGGCUGACAGCCACUCUUCGCCUCACUGCCCUUGGCUGAGCAUGCGAGCGUCACUGAGCCUGUGCAAAGUCAGGGCCCUGCUGGGCUCGGCUCUCGGUCUGGCGUGAGUAAGACUCACUACCAGAGUACUAACAGCACACACUAUUCAGAAGGUGAAAAGGAUGUCUAUUUUUUUAAGAAAAAAACUUUUAGGCACACACGCCACUUUGUAGAAAAGGGACCCACUACUGGAAGCUUGGGAAUGUAAUUCCAGCAUCCUUCACCAUUGCACAAUAUUUCUGCAUGUUUUAAUCCAAGCAGCCAUUGAAAUGUGAAUACUUAUGACUGUAUAGUCAUAUGUCCUGGGUAUGACUCAAAACUGCAUCCGGUGAUGAGGCUUCAGUUCAGGAGUUCUGGAGUUUUGGGGAAGGUGGAGUUACCCCUCAGUCAUCAUUGCUCCCAGGUCCACUCUGACCCGGGGUGGUAGUACCUGUCAGGGUCCCAGCUAUGGGUUAAAUAGAAUUUCAAAGACCUCAACGGUGGAAGUGGCGGAGGAUGACACUGCAUGUCACAACGGCACUGAAGGCGGAUGAAGGCUGCAACAGAGGGUGGUCUCCAGUCGUCAUGGAUCCAUGCCACUGGAUCAAGGCCCCUCUCUGCCAAGGACCGUGUGGUGGCUGCAGGCGCAUCAGUCUCCCCACGCUAAAAGACGUCACGCGCAGGCGUCCUCCCGAAUGGGAACCCAUCCAUUCUGAGGACAGUCAUACUCGACUACGAGUGACUGCCGAUGAUGAUGAUAGCAAUGAUUACCUUGUAGUACCUUGACAUUCUAACUAGUGCAGGGGUCACCGACCUGUAAAUCUUUGGGACUUUACUGGUAGAUCCUGAAAAUAUUAGGAAAAAUAAAUGCAUUAUGACAUCAGUGCCCUCCCCUCCAGGAGAGUGACCAACAGACCUACCAGCAGGCAUGCAUUUUAACCCCGGAACACGCCAGCACGCCUUGCCAACCCUGAGCACAUACUUGAUGACCUAUUGUGGAUACAAAAUGUAGCAGACAUGUGGAGAGGCACAUGAUAAAUUUAAUUUUAAAAAAGGGCCUGUUUUUAUUGUCAGAAUGUCAUACAAUAUUUUUUUUUUAAUGUUUUACUUGAAUGCAUGUAAUUUAUUUACUCAAAACGUGGAAAUAGUUUUAUUUAUAGUCCCAUCUGGGUGUAUUUUGAAGUACAGUCUUUGCACUGACUUAUGCAUUGACCUAAUCCCUGACUGUAUGACCAUCCGCAGUUAAGGUAAAGGAGCAAGUAAAAUCAAAAGAAAUUGCUUUAUUUAUCUGCGAAUAUACAUGAUUAAUGCAAUAAUUUCUUCUGCAUAAUCACAAGUUGAAAUGUUAAUUUUGACAAGUCCUAAUACAUGCAUACAUAUGUUUGGUGACCACUGAACUAGAGGGAACAUUUGUGCAACUUUCGACAUAUGACAUGUACAAAUAAUAACUGGUAGGAAAAUACUAUUGACAUGUCACACAAGUUAUACCAGCAAAAAUCAAAAGCACACAAUAUUAAGAUAUUUGGCUUUGUAUGCUGCGCAGCAUAAUUAUUACUACAUUUACACCCCUGUAGGCUGCAUGCCUUCACAUUUGUAACGCAUGUACUAUAAUAGUAGACUUUUAAAGCACUUGUAGUCAAUGAGUUUUUCAAUAACAAUGUUUCUUGGACAAGCAACAUGUGUAUAUACAGUACAUGCAUCUACUGUGAUUAAAUGUUUUGAGUGCAAGUUGUAUUGAUUACAUGCAAAUAUUGUACUUUUCAUCAAAUGGAAAGUUCAAAGCAAGUCUGUCACUUCAGAGGCAGUAAUAUAACCUUAAAAGGUAUGCAUAAACACUUUACCCUAUUGUGUUCAUGAUAUGUUUUAUGGCAAGAGUAAGCUGAAGCUCAGCAUUGGGUUGACACAGGAUUAACAAAUGUAAUUUAACCUCAGCUGCUUUGCCACAUAACAAAGAGCAGUGUGUUUAGACUCAGGACAGAUGGAAUGGCGUCAGUCAAUAGUUUUAUCUUUUCUUGUUUCCCUGCUUUGCUUCAACAUGCACACCUUUUAAUGACUCAAGUUCUCAAAGUAGACCGUGUAAUAAUUAACGACAACCAACGAAUGUCAGGGAACAGGCCUGACAAAGUCCUCAUAAGAUAAAAGGUGUGGCUCGACUUUGACUUCCUUAUUUGUACUAUUACCUGCCCUUCACAACACAUAUAUUUUUGCAUGCUUGGUAUAUACUUCGGGCAGGUGCGUCUGCCUCACAAUACGAAGGUCCUGGGUUCUUUCUGUGUGGAGUUUGCAUGUCCUCCCCGUGACUGCGUGGGUUCCAUCCGGGUACUCCCGCUUCCUCCCACUUCCAAAGACAUGCACCUGGGGAUAGGUUGAUUGGCAAUACUAAAUUGGCCCUAGUGUGUGAAUGUGAGUGUGAAUGUUGUCUGUCUAUCUGUGUUGGCCCUGCGAUGAGAUGGCGACUUGUCCAGGGUGUACCCCGCCUUCCGCCCGAUUGUAGCUGAGAUAGGCUCCAGCGCCCCCCGUAACCCCGAAGGGAAUAAGCAGUAGAAAAUGGAUGGAUGGAUGGGUAUAUAUACUUCAAUAAUGUAUAACAAGUGCUUCUAAACUUGUUAGAAAUAACUGCAACUACAAUAUCAAUCACCUUGACAGAUGCAUGAAACUUUUAAGUAUUGCAACUUUGAACUGGCAGAAUUUUAUUUGAAUUCCAUUGUGGGUUCAUAAAAAUAGAGUUUAAUAGGCAAUGAUCUGACAUAACAAAUAAUGGUAAUUUCAAGUAAUUGGUUUUACUGUAUAACUUUAACUGUCAAACUCUCUAUUAGAUGUUAAAUUAUUAGCUAUUGUUAAACACGUCUGUACUGUUACACUCACUGACAAGCAGCAACCUGCAUACAACUUUGCAAGCCGAACUUAUUUAUUUUUCCCCUCUACUCAAGAGGUUUGACAGUGUGUUUAUUUGGUCUUAUCUGACCCAUAUAGUCAGUUUGCCUAUAAAAACAGUCAUGGUUAAAAGCAUGUGCUAGUUGACAGCUGCCUGUGCUGACAGGAAGUGCUUUAGGCAAAAGUUGCCCCAACAUAGCACUCAAAAUUGAUUACAGAUGAACAUCACUUACAUAAUUAAUUAUCUUUAUAUGUUGUGGCAGCAUGACUUGUUUUGUUCUCACACAGGGGGUUGUGUUGUGAAACGGUCCCUCGCACAGGAUGUGAAGAGUUUUGGCAUCAGGGUGCGUCCUCUUCUAUUUCCUGAAUCUGUCCAAAGCUGAUUUUUGGCUGAAUAAUUCUGACUUCCUUUUUUCCUUUGCUUUUCUUUCCUUCUGCAUCUUCAUUUUGUCUUCCAUACUUUGGGCUAUCAGAGUCUGAAAGUUGUGAAUCAUUUGACAAUGUUAAGUUUCAGUGGAUACAAGCACAAAGACACAAAAUGUAAUUGCCCACUGGAUUUAAUGUGCUUAUUCACCCUCUUAUCGCCGUCAGCCACCUGCUGCUUCCGCUUUUCCACAUUGCCAGUUGAGCUGCGACCUUUUUUCUUAUACUUUGGGACAAAUCUUUGUUUAGCAAGAGGAUCAUAGCCCUGGGGAAGCAACCAACAACAGUUAGCGUCACAGAGCAAUGUACAGUAACUUAAAUCUUUGAGCCACUUAAGACUGACCAGGGCUUCCACUCGGUCUUGGUGCCGCUGCUGGAAGGUGGCAAAGUCAACCUUCCCCAAAUCUCUGGGGUCUAGACUGAUUAGAUCAGGCUGGAUCUUUUCUAGAAGGGCCUUAACCUCCCAUUCCUGCAUCUGUUUAGCACUGCGGUAUGGAUUGGAAUCUAGGCCGUCAAAGUUUGGCUCGCCCGCUCCUGGAAAUGAACAAGGAAUGAAUGUAAUGUUAUGUUCGGAUACCUUAUAGUUACAGCUAAUAUUUGUUUUGUGUCAGUCACAUUCUAAAUGUAUACAGCCCAAAUUUAAGUAAAAAAUUACUCACACCCCUGCCAAAUUUUGCAGUAAAUAUAUUUUUUUAUAUACAGAACUUUUCAUUUCAUACAAAAUCGGCAUAUGAAAAGUUUGGUUCCAAGAUUAUAAAGAGUUCAUAUUAUUAUUUUAUUCACAAAAUUUAAAACACUUCCUUGUUGUCUACAUAACAUGUACUGGUGCUUUUUUGGUAACAUUUUUGCAUAGAUCAUGUUUAACAGACCGUUUUCAAGCUGCUUUCUGGCCGCCUCUUGAGAAUGCGCCGUUUAGUGGGCGGGUCUUAUUUACUCGCCUUCACUUCGACUGCGUCGUCUCCCCACCAUCUUUGAUGUAAUUUUUAGCGCUUCCGUAGCGAGUCUACUGACAUAAGUUCGAACUAUGUAUUUGUAUUAGAAAUGGCAACAGCGGAGGAUGCAUGUCCAUGCACGACCAAGUCUGCCCCACAACAGGGGGAUAGCGAAAAAGAAGAUGCUUAUUGACUACAGUGCGGACUAGCAUUGUGGACACGCACAAGGCCGUCUGGUUACAUUUAUGCCAUAUAGAUAAGAGAUAAUCCGGUGACAUUUUCCCAAACCGGUGACGUUAUAAAUUGUGCAAAAUCCAAAUGGCUCAUUUAAGGGAAGUAGGAAGGAACGCAAGAUUAUUUUACAAAUAUCUCUGCAAGACCUUUGCAGAUCCCAGACAAAACAGCAGGUAGCAAUAGGUAAGACAAGUUGGUAUUGUGUAAUAGUGCCCCUUUAUGGGGAAAAUGGCACUUCUGUUUGGUUUGUUUUAUAUUUAAAAUAUUAUAUUCAGUGUAUAUGCCGUUUUAAAUUAAUCUAAAUCAUUCUACUACAAAUAUUUGGAUAGGAAUGUAAUGACAGAGUAUGACCAAUAUUGGAAAUGUUGCCACUAUUUUGAAUCAUUUGUUUCUAAUAUAUUUAUCUGGUAAUAGUGUGCUUUCACUGAAAAAUAAUAACAUUUUGGGCUUAAUUUUUAGUUUAAAAAAGACAAAGUCAGACCUGGUACAAGCAUGCUUGUGAAGCCUUGUCCAUGUCCGACUCCCAGCACAUCCUCAAAGGGACAAAAGUGCAUCCCCCAUGCGGCUGUCCGUACUCUGUGAGCCAUGUAGGGUUUAGUCACCGUCUCAGAGCUCCACACGUCCCUGUAUACCUGGGGGGGCGGAGUACAUGUUUUAGGAUUUAGUAAUAUAAUGUUGACAUCCAUCCAUUUUCUACCGCUUAUUCCCUUCGGGGU